AUGUCCGACUCAUCUCGCUCCGUACAAGCAAGAUGUCCACCCCUUCGGCAGGCCCGAGGGACAAAGCUUAAUACUAUAAUUGAGGAUCUGCGCGAGACGCAGUACUCAGAGGAGGAGAAAGAGGAGUUGGGGCAUGAUGAUUUUAAGGCCAACGACUUUCUUAAACCUGCUGCGAGCCCCCGUCUGAAGCUAAAGACUAGUGGUCUUCCUACAUCGAGUUCAAAACUUGGUCGCCUUUUCUCUCCCUUAUCUGCAGGGACUAUGUCUUCUUGCUCAGACACAGAGUGGCAGCACCAGAUGCAAGGAUUUGACGAGUUGUACGAUGCCACGGAUGAUGAAUCGGAAACGAGUGAUGAUUGUACGUCAUUUUGCAGCAGUCGACCAACGAGCAUGAUCACUCCUACGACGAGAAACUCUUUGGGUUCUUCCGUCAGUCGAAAUCGGUAUCCGACCCUCACGAUCCCCCCCUCAUCUACGUGGCCAUCAAUUCAAGGUGCACCUAAGAGCUCUCCUGUUCCACCGACACCACCUUCAAAGAUACCUGUCUCACCUGCGGCCCUUUCGCGCCUUACGCACUCUGUGCCUGCUUUACAUGCUCCCCCAUCGCUAGAUGGUAGCGUCUCGUCCGACCAGGUCUCGAAUAUCAGCGCACCUGCUACGCCAGACCUGCAAUCCCUCCCGGAUGAUGCCUGGGACCCUCGAGAUUUUCAUGUACGGCCUGAUCUGGAGAGCCAGAGUACUGCUUCCGACAUCGACGCGAGUUCUGAUAUUCAAAGCGUUGAGAUUGCUAUCGAGGGUACAGAAGAAGACUGGCGCCAUGUGCUUGGGAACUUUCCUCAGAUUCCUUCCGCAGGAAACAAUAGGUCGCCAUCGCUUUCCCUCGACCUAGAUGCUGAACCUAUCCGAGAACACACUCCCUCCGAUCAAGGGGUCUUCCUGCCUGAGGAUGCUCUAGCAAUGUUACAGCAUAUUCCACUAGAUGGGACGCCGGAUCCCUGGUCAGAGACGUCAAGCAAUGAGGAAAUGUGGCAGCUCGAACCCCCUAGCCGCCCUCGGAGCGCCGAUGAAGCGACUCCGGCAUCGGCGCUGUCUGGGUGUAGUUUCAGCAACCUCAGCAUUCCUUCUCCAGGUGGCUUUUUCGCAUCCCUUGGACCCCGUGCUCGCCACACAUGGUCUAUACCCAAGGGGAACAAGGUACCCUCGUCGGCCAUUGCGGAGAACUUUUACAAUUUGCCCUUCAGUCGAGAUGAGGGUGAAAUUGUCGAGCAGGUUAUCGAACUACCAGAGCGGUCAACUGAGGAGCAGUUAACGGCAGUUUAUGCUCCGGAGGGACCGCCCACAGCCAUCAGAAUUCCCCCAGAGACAGAAUCUCAUCCCAUCGAACAUCCGGAGAGUCCAGUGAGUGUCGUUGAUGAUGCAGUCAAUGAAAUCCCGCGACCUGCUGUUUCAUACGAAUAUGAUGAGCACUAUGGCGAAGAGUUGCAACAGCGAUCAAUGGCGAGUCUUGAUCGAACUAGCGUAUGGCUGGCAGCGCAGGCUACCUACCUAGCUGCCCUCAACGAAACGAACCCUGUCAACAAUAUCGAACACAGGGAUGGUGUAACAGAUGACGCCGAGGAGAAUCGCGAGGAUGUGCCUUCCGAUUUGACUCAUAAAAAGUCUGUUCGUUUCACCGAAGCUUUCCCCGAGCCUACCAGUUCCCUUCCUUCUGCCCUGGCAAGUAGGGAUUCGAUUUACUGGCGAGGCUUCCAGUCCGUUCGUAAACAGGCUGGGCGCCGGGACGGCUUUAUGCACCGAAACAUGCGGUUUGAUGCCGUGCAGUCGAACCGACUUGGCUUGACUGGAAUGCACACCAACUGCUUACUGGGAAACUAUGAGCUGACCCCUUCCGAACGUCCUCCAUACAAUGGCCCGUUUGCACAAGCUCCUCGCAAGUCAGUGCUUGCCUCUGUUCUGGCGGAGAAGGCACAGUUCUCCACGCUGGAGAAGGAGCAAUCCGUGCUUGCGCAAAUCCAUCAGCCCAUGUGGGCCAUCGACGCUCUCAAGUUCCUCAAUGGUGGUAGAUUGAUCGCCAGCCCCGCAUCGAGACGGUUCUCAAAAUCUAACAAACGCCGCGUGAGAGUUCUGGACUUGGGAGGACAUGCUUCAUGUGAAUGGGCAUGGGAUCUUGCACAUGACAACCCAGAUAUCAAGGUUUACACUGCAUUUACCGAACAGCAAGCAGUUAAUCCUGGUAUCAAAGGUCCACCCAACCAUCAGCCAGUUUCCGUGCAACAUCUCUGGAAGCUACCGUUCCCUGACAACAAGUUUGAUGUCAUCUCUGCUCGUUCGCUUCCUGCGUUGCUGAAGAAUGAAUGCCCUGUUGGUGAGAACAAGGACGAAUAUGACUUGUGCCUCAAGGAAUGCUAUCGCUGUCUGAAACCAGGGGGCUACCUUGAAUUCUUUGUCAUGGACGCGGAGAUAUCGCACGCAGGUGAUUACGCUUGUGCCACCUCGGUCGAAUUUGCAUUCAACCUCAAGACCAGGGGAUACGACCCGAAUCCGACCAAGAAUUUUCUCGGUCAUUUGCGAAAUGAACGGUUUUUAGGUAUCAAGAGGGCAUGGAUGUUCUUGCCUAUCGGUGUGGAGCCUGUCAAGCGACCACCACCCAGAGAGACGCCAGAACCCCGUGUGAAGAGUCAGAUCGAGGACUGCGAAGCCGUUCAUGGUCCAGUUGGCAGCACGGCUGACAUUGCCAGCUUAACAGGCCUAUUGGGGGGCUGGAUUUGGGAGCAGUGGCUGUUGAAGCUGCAAGUGGAAAUGGGUCGGGGACGUGAUAGACUGCUGGAAGGCGUCGGGGGUGUGUUUGACGAGGGUCGUAAGAACGGUGCUGGCUGGACCUGCCUCUUCUUCAAGACCCUCACCAACCAAACCGUAACCAUCGAGCUCAAGAACGACAUCCGCAUCCGCGGUACCCUCAAGUCGGUCGACCAAUACCUGAAUAUCAAGCUCGAUGAUGUGGACGUCCUCGACCUAGACAAAUACCCCCACUUAUCGUCGGUGAAGAACAUGUUCAUUCGUGGUAGCGUUGUGCGAUACAAAACGGAUUCCCCUCCCAAUUCUACAUCACGACAACCUCGUAUCACACAAUUUGGAACGAAGGGCGGUGCAAAGAAUGCAACGCCUACGCUUCGACGAGAGGAUAGUUCCAAUGCCAGCUCUACAACGGGGAGUUUAUUCUUGGAGGAUCGAAACGGGGCGAAAUCGAAGAUUGGAGGGAAUAGUUCCGGCGGGGAGAAAAUUGGAAGAGAGAGGUCCAAGACGCCGGAUGAUAUUUGGGGUGAGGAUGAGGGGCUGGACGAUGACAGAUAUCAUGAGAAUGGAUCGGCAAAUAAGAAGCGGAAGGUAGAUUCGCCGUCAGUUUCGAAUGCUACGGAGGAUGGAUCGAAGCCAUCUCAUACGCCCGUUCCUGCCAAAAGCCGACAUACUAGCGGUCCAUUUAUCGAUGAAUCAGAUAGUGAGGAUGACCUCGGAGUAUUCGGAGAGGUUGAUGAACUAUCCAAGGCGCCAGGGAAAGGAGAUAAACCAGGGAAAGAACCAACAGGCGUUGAUGAUGAAAAGUCGGAUAAAGAAGAAGCUUCAGCUGUCGACAUACCACCAUUGGUAAGAGAAGCCACGAGCCAUAUCGAAGAUGAUGAAUUUGCGAAUUUUGACGAUCUAGGAGAAGAAGAAUUCAGAGACGAAGAACUCCUAGAGCCGUUAGGCGAAGAGGAAGAGAGGGAGCAACCAUGCGGGUUUGAUCUAUAUGACUCCAACGAUUUGGUGGAGGAAGGGGAAUUCGAGGAAGGGUCUGGUGAAGUGGCCGACUGUCCCAUCUGCCAAACCAGUUUGGCGGGUUUAAAUGAGUCGGAUGUGUCGAUACAUGUCAAUAACUGUCUAGAUGGAAAACCCAACCCAGCUCCAUCGAAAGAGCCACCGGUGCCUCCGGAUAAAGCGUUGACACGACAGGAAAAAGCUGCAAUAGCGAGACCGGCACAACGUGAUCCAUAUGCUGCGGGCAAUACCGGCUCAACAUCUGCGUUCUCGAAAUUGAUGGCUGGUAAUGCGGAAGAUACAGCAUGGUCAACUGCUGCAUCGAAUGAGGUUUCCUCACGUGGAAAACAGGCCUAUCAGAGAACCUGUCCGUUCUACAAGAUCAUCCCUGGCUUCUCGAUUUGUGUGGAUGCCUUUCGCUACGGAGCAGUUGAAGGUUGUAAUGCCUACUUUCUCAGUCAUUUUCACAGUGACCACUACGUUGGCCUCACAUCGUCAUGGUGUCACGGCCCUAUCUACUGCAGUAAGGUGACGGGGAAUCUUGUCCGACAGCAACUCAAGGUCAAUCCGAAAUGGGUUGUGGACCUGGAGUUUGAGAAGAAAACCGAAGUCCCCGGCACGGGAGGGGUGCAAGUUACUCUAAUCGAUGCGAACCAUUGCCCUGGCAGUGCACUGUUUCUUUUUGAGAAGACCUUAGGACAUGGCCCGUCACCAAAAAUGCAGCGUGUACUCCACUGCGGUGAUUUUCGUGCGUCUCCAGCGCAUGUGCAGCACGCACUUCUUCGGCCGGAGGGGUUUGAUCCUGUAACAGGGCAGCGUCGACAACAGAGGAUCGACGUUUGCUACCUAGAUACCACCUACAUGAACCCCAAGUAUGCGUUUCCAAGCCAGGAGGAUGUAAUUUCGGCGUGUUCGAAUUUGUGUGUCCAGCUAGACCAGGACCAGGAUGGAGGUGUUGGUUCAGCGACUUCACAAAAGGCAAAGAAUGCAGGAAUAGGGAAUGCGAUGAGCAAGUUCAUUUCUGCCGUGGCUGGUUCCAAUGGCACACAGACAACGUCACAGCCGCGAGGAAGGCUGUUGGUGGUGAUGGGAACGUACAGCAUCGGCAAGGAGCGAAUCUGCCUGGGAAUUGCGCGAGCCCUCAAGAGCAAAAUCUAUGCCACGGCCGCAAAAAAACGGAUAUGUGCGUGUCUGGAGGAUGCAGAACUCUUAUCGUUACUCACAGAUGAUCCCUUGGAGGCUCAAAUCCACAUGCAGACAGUGUUUGAAAUUCGUGCAGAAACGCUGGCCGACUACCUCGAUUCAAUGAAGCCGCAUUUUUCGCGGGUGGUGGGCUUUCGCCCGACGGGGUGGUCGUACCGACCACCGGCAGGGAGAAUGCUGGAUAACCCUCCUGUGUCCACGGUGCUACACUCACCCCACUGGAAGACGCCGUAUGGGGUCGGCAACCUGGCGCCCCAGCGCGGCAGUACGCGGGAGAGCGCAUGUUAUGGGGUACCGUACAGCGAGCAUAGUUCAUUCCGGGAGUUGACCAUGUUUUGUUGUGCGCUGCGGAUCGGGCGGGUGAUUCCCACGGUCAAUGUGGGCAGCCAAAAAAGCCGGGAGCGGAUGAAGGCAUGGAUUGAGCGCUGGGAGAUGGAGAAGCGAAAGAAUGGAUUCAUCAUGCUCACCGAUUUACUCUCCCCCUACCUUUUCUUGGCCCUCGCGGUCGCCUACUACCUCGUUCCUUACCUGCAACGAUGGAGCUUGCAUGACAUCCCAGCCCCAAGUGUCGCCGGCUUCACCAACCUCUGGCUGAUGUUGACGACCCGCCGUGGUUCGCGUUGUCUUGUUAUCCAUGAUGCCCACAAGAAGUACGGUAAGAUGGUGCGUCUUGCACCCAAGCAUGUCUCCAUCGCCGACGACGCUGCCAUCCAGGCUAUUUACGGACACGGAAAUGGGUUCCUGAAAUCGGAUUUCUAUGAUGCCUUUGUCUCCAUCCGCCGUGGUCUUUUCAACACUCGCGACCGUGCCGAACACAGCCGCAAGCGUAAGACCGUCUCCCACACCUUCAGUGCCAAAUCCAUCGGUCAAUUCGAACAAUACAUCCACGGCAACAUCGAGCUCUUCGUGAAGAAAUGGAACAGCAUCGCCGAGCUCCAGCGCAACCCCAAGACCGGCUAUGCAACUAUCGAUGCGCUCAACUGGUUCAACUACCUGGCUUUUGACAUUAUUGGUGACCUGGCUUUCGGUGCUCCCUUUGGUAUGAUCGAGAAGGGCAAAGAUAUCGCUGAGAUGCGCAAGACACCCGAUUCUCCCCCUUCCUACGUCCAGGCUGUUGAGGUUCUUAACCGUCGUGGUGAGGUUUCCGCUACUAUUGGUUGCUUCCCUGCCAUCAAGCCUUUUGCCAAAUACCUCCCCGACCGUUUCUUCCGCGAGGGUAUGGAGGCUGUUGAGAACCUUGCUGGUAUUGCUGUCGCCCGUGUCAAUGAACGUCUCAAGCCCGAAGUCAUGGCCAACAACACCCGUGUCGAUUUGCUCGCUCGUCUGAUGGAAGGAAAGGAUAGCACCGGAAACAAGCUCGGCCGUGAGGAACUCACCGCUGAGGCCCUUACCCAGCUCAUUGCCGGUUCCGACACCACCUCCAACACCUCCUGUGCUAUUCUGUACUGGUGCCUGCGUACUCCUGGUGUCAUUGAAAAUCUCCACAAGAUUCUGGAUGAGGCUAUUCCUAAGGAUGUUGACGUUCCCACCCACGCCAUGGUCAAGGAGAUUCCUUACCUCCAAUGGGUUAUCUGGGAAACCAUGCGUAUCCACAGCACCUCCGCCAUGGGUCUUCCCCGUGAAAUCCCCCCUGGUAGCCCCCCCGUCAACAUUUCCGGCCACGUCUUCCACGCCGGUGACGUUCUCUCCGUCCCCAGCUACACCAUCCACCGUUCUACCGAAAUCUGGGGCCCCGAUGCCGAGCAGUUCAUCCCCGAACGUUGGGCCCCUGAGCGCCUUACCUCCCGUCAAAAGGCCGCCUUCAUCCCCUUCAGCACUGGUCCCCGUGCCUGUGUCGGCCGUAACGUCGCUGAGAUGGAACUCCUUGUCAUAUGCGCUACUGUCUUCCGCCUGUUUGACUUUGUCAUCCAGCAGGAAGGACCCAUGGAGUCCUCUGAGGGUUUCCUCCGCAAGCCUCUGGGCUUGGAGGUUGGAUUGAAGAAGAGAACUGUUGCCUAA